AUGAACUAUAAUAAUACAAUUCAUAGAAGAGCAUAAUCUAAUAAUGAUUUUCAACAAGUUAUAUGUGCGAGGAUAGCUGGCUUAGUUGAGGAUGAAUACCAACAAUAGAAAAUUGAUCCCAAAAGAAUCAAUCUAGGAUCUACUUUGUUUCAAAUUCCAGAAUAAAAUGAUCUCAUAUCUUCUGUUGAACAAACGACUGAAUCAUCUAAGUAGCAUUCCCAAAUGAUCAAAGAUUUGAAUAUGUCCAAUGUGAAACCCACUCAAUAAUAAGACAAAGAAAAUUUCAAAAAUCUAUCAUCUUGUUCUACUCUAAUCAACCAGAUCUAAUAGAUUGUCAAAUCUGGAUCUAAUACCAAGGAACUUCAAUCCAAAAAACCAUUCAACUCUACAAAUGAAGCAACUUACAAAAAAUCUUCAACACAAAGUCAAAUGAGUUUUACAAAAGUACUUUAAAAAAACAAGGAUCAAAUUAUCUGUAAUACUAAUAAGGCUAAACACUUAAACAAAAUGUUACUCCUGACCGAAAAAGAGGUCCUUCUUAUAGUAACAAACCAACCAAUCAAAAACAACCCAAUGAUUCUACCCCAAAUGACAUAUUAACUUUUCUAUUUUCUCUUUUUAAUAAUCUUAUCAGGUAAGACUCAAAAUAAGAAGAACUCGAAUUCUGACACUUGUGAUUCCUAUAGAAACAUGGAAGUCAAAAUGAAAAAAAUUGAAAAAGAAAUCAGCACCAUCAAAUUGAGACAAGAUUAACUGGAUGAUGCCAAUAGAAAUAUUCAAGAUCAACUUAAGGAAUUUAUUUAUGAGAACAAAUAAUAAUAAGAAUAUGGCUCUAAAUAACUCAAGAAGAUUGAACAAUUAGAAUAAAUUACUAAGAGAAAUGAAGAGUCCAUAUGUUACCUAAAAAACUUCUUGGUCCACAAUAACCAAAACAAUAAAAGAAACGAUUAAAACAAUAUGAAUUUUGGAAAUAUCUAAUAAUCUGACAUCACCGAUCUACAAAAGAAAUUCGCUGACUUUAGACCUAUCAAUCAUAAAGUGUAUUGA